AUGACUACCGAUACUAAGUACAGAGAACCUGAGGAGAGCGAUGAUGAUGGUUCAGGCUCUCCAUGCGAGGAUGAUCCGUCUGAGGAGUGCGAAGAUGAUCGCUGUGCUGGUCCCGAAUUACCGAUUUGGCAUUGCGUAGACUGCGACAGCUCAUACUGCAGUGACUGUUGGGGUCGGCAAGGCCCUCACAAACCGAAGAAGAAAGGCCGUGAUGGUGUUCCACAUGAAAAGACUAGCCCACAUGUCGUUCGAAGGCUGAAAGGAAUCUUGCAUCCGACAAGGAACCCCCAGGAAAUCCAGAAACGUCAUGAGGAAGAUGAGACGACAAAGUGGUUCGGCGUGUCCAAGGACCAUGCUGGACGACCUGUCUUCGAGGACUAUGGCCGGUAUGCGACUCUCAUGUCCAGCAUUUCGCCAAUUGAGAGCAUGGGCAAUCGGUAUCCCCAGAUUGUCUCGUUCAUCGGGAUCACGAAUGCCGGAAAGUCGACAUUGAUCAAGAUGCUGGUGAACCACGACGCUCAGAGUGUGAAUCCCGAGAAUCGAGCUAUGUUCCCUUCCCCGGUAGUUGGGAGUGUGGUCAACGAUACUCUUCCCACUUCCGGUGAUGUACAUCUCUACGCCGAUCCAGCAACCCACGCAGAGCAGCUGCCGAUUCUGUACGCGGACUGCGAAGGCUUCGAGGGAGGCGAACGAGUACCUCUAGGGGCUCGUGCACGGAAACGAGUCAACUCGGAUCCAAAGGAAGGCCAGAUAGUAAAGCCGGCCAACAUCUAUUCCCGUCCGAUCGAGUGGGCCAACAGCGAGGAGUCUCGUCAGCGGGAGUACGCAGUCACAGCACUGUAUCCACGACUGCUCUACACAUUCUCAGACUGCGUCGUCUUCGUCUUACGGAACCCGAAGACCUUCCAGUCGGCCGUGUUGACGAAACUGUUGGACUGGGGUGCGAGCUCGUUGGAGAAGUCCAUAAACCAGCCUGCUCUCCCCCAUUGCAUCGUUGCACUCAAUGGCACCGACCCUGGUGUUGAGGAUAAAGAAUGGGAUGUCAACUUCGCAACUCAGAGCUUACUAUCAUCCGUAAAAGGAGCGCUUGACUAUGUUGAAGGCGUGCCUCGUUUCAGAGAGCUUGCAGAGUACUGGCGCAGCCUAGGCAAGCACAUAUACUCAGUGGAAGAUCUGAUUCUGCGAUACUACAGCUCCUUCAAAGUCGUGCGAAUCCCCAGCAAACCACGAUAUACCACCAUCAACGACCAGAUUGGCAAGCUACAGCAAAUCAUCAAAAGCAACUGCGAGGAGUCAUUUCGAAAUAAACGACGAGCACGAAUGUUAACCAACGCCGACGAACUGAACGUCUACCUACAGAGUGGUUUCGACCACUUCACACAGUAUCUGGACAUCCCUUUUAAUUUCAUGAGAAUAUCUCUCCUGCGUAACCCCAUCCCAAACGAUUUUGGCGGGCACAUACUACAACUUUGCACGACCAUCAGCUCCCAGCAACCGAAUCACCAGCACGGCCGAAUAGCCUGGAUCUUCGAGAAGCUGAGCGUGAUGCUGGCGUCGUGCGUUCUACUCGAUUGUGCUCGCUUCAGGAAAGGAAGAGUGGAUGAGUUGUUCUCGAACUAUGAGAAGUUCUUCGACUGGGCUAUGGGAGAGUACCUCGAGAUGCACUAUCCUUGCUCGUACAUCAGUCCAGAUGGCACUCGGCAGUGUAUGCUGGUCAAGGCCCGUCAUCAGCCGAAAGGCCAUCAAGACGAGAAGGGAAUCAUCGCUGCCGGAGACUACCAAGCAGCCUUCGACGCAGCCUUCUUGCCACAGUGGAAGUCCCAAUUACGAGCGGCCAUAGGGAGCAUACAGCGAGACUUCCAGUACGAAUUGGAACAAGUCUCACACAGCGCAGACGUGCCGGCAGUGCCAGAGGAGCGAAUAGCUUUGGAUCUACAUGGAGAAUAUCUCAACCAGUUCUUUGAAGCAGUUGGACCAGCCUCAUCGAUUUGCAGCCACGCGACGUGUUUCUGCUGCUUGAUGGAUGUACCAGAGCAUCCACUGCCUUGUGGCCAUGUCUUAUGCACAGCCUGCAUCAAGGCGUACGGAAAGCAAACGAAGUCGAACGUGGUCGUUCCAUGUUGCCCUCUACACAUCGAAUCGACAAGAUGGGCAAAGCCAACCAUCAUCAAGUUCAAACCACCCGGCGCCGGUGUGCGCAUUCUGUCUCUGGAUGGCGGCGGUAUUCGUGGCGUUGUCCAGCUUGAGGUAUUGCGAGCGAUCGAACAGGCGCUUGGAAGCCAUCUUCCUGUACAAUCGUUCUUCGACUUGAUCGUCGGAACUGGAACCGGUGGCUUGAUCGCUGUUGCUCUUUCGAUGAAAGACCGGACCGUCGACUCAUGCAUUGACAUGUUCGCUGCAAUCGCCGAGCACGCUUUCACCCCUCGAAUCAAGGGCAUACCGUUCAUCAGCCAGAUCGCUCAAGUCUUUGGAAGCGGACCAAAGUACAAGACCAAGCCAUUGUAUGGUGCUCUCAAGACCGCCUUCACCGAUGAUGACGAUCUCUUCGGACCAAGCGACAAGCGUCGUAGUGGUGCUCGUGUUGCAAUGACGACCACGAGUGCCACUGGCCAGGAGACGAUCCUGCUAGCCAGCUAUCGGAGACCUGAGGACCUCUUCCCAGCAUACUCGUUCGAACGACCGCAUGAUCCCAACAUGGAGUUGAAGACGCAUGAAGCCAUCGCCGCAACUCUGGCGACUCCAGCAUACUUCAGGCCGUUCGUAUUUCAUGGAAAGACUUAUCUCGAUGGUGGAAUCCGCAGUGCCAACCCAGCUUUCAUAGCAGAUCGAGAACGUAGAUUGAUCUGGCCUGACGUCUCCGAGCCGGACAUGUUCCUCUCGCUAGGGACUGGUCAGAACAGAAUCACGGUGCUCCAGAAGCUGUCAGAGAGGCAGCCGUCCCAGACUGGCCCAGAGAUAGGAGGUCCGAAUUCGAAGAAGGGUGCCUCACGCUGGAGGACACGCAGAACCGACGAUGUCCUGGAGGCUGAGCUCGCAUGGGCAGCUUUCCGCAACUAUGCUGUGAGGGAGCGGUCAGAAGCAAGAGGAAGGAGAUUCAUCCGCUUCAACCCCGACUUGGACCGUGAGCCACCAACGGCAGACAGCAAGUCUGACAUGAUGUCCCUGCAAGUCAAUGUCCGGAAGCGUCUUCAGACGGCCCAUCGACAGGCUGCUCUCCGGAAUGUCGCACAUCGACUGGUUGCUUCAAGCUUCUACUUGGAUCUGCAAUCCAAGGCCACUGCAGAGAAAAGCGAACAGAUAUGCACUGGAGUCAUCACCUGUCGGUUCGAGGAUGGCAGCAUGGAGAUGUGUGCUCUCGGCAAGGUCCUGGAAGACCAACGCAGCGAUGACUUCGAGCCCUUCUUCCUGCUCAAGCCCGAUCAAGAUCAGGAGGAUGUUGCUUUCAGGAUCACACUCACCAAGAAUGUCAUCCGUGGCAUGAUGCAAAACGCCAUCUUUGGACUGCCAAAUCUCAGCAUCCCUCUGCGAAACGAGAGCAAGGCUACAUCAAUCAACCUCUUCUUGUCGCCGCACGACGGCCUUGAGCCGAAUGGCUUUCCAAUCAGUGGAUUCCCGAGAGUCUUGCUAGGAGAGCAAGCGGCUCAGAAUCCAAGACGGCCAACUCGAACGAGCUCUGAGCAGCAACUGCGAAACCCACUGCAUCGUCUGAGGUCUGGCGAUGGCGACUCGAUAUCUCUCAACGGCCACCCGAUCUCGACCUCUUUCACCAACAACAGCGAAGACUCCUGGCAUGACACUAAGCUCUCGCAAUCUUCAAGUGGAACACAAAAGUCGCUUGCUGACCUAAUAGCACAGCAUCAGCAGCAGAACGGGGGAAGCAGCAUCAAGGGGAAGACUAACAGGUUCUGGACGUACAUCGGCAACAACCACAUGGCCCAACACCCAGAGAUGUACACGUCCGAAGAACUCGCCAAGUUCGGCAUCGCUGCGGCGAACGGAAUGAACAAACCUCUUGCAGAGCUCCCGACCUCCGCGAACGAAUCGUCCAACUCGUCCGAAGCCACGAGUAUCACCGCUCUGCCUUCCUUGCGCUCAAGGCACGCACUACCAGCCGAGACCAACAAGAUCCCCCAGCAAGGCUACUCCGAACUCGAAGCCCCUGAACGCCCAACCACCACUGACAAACCCAGCAGCCAGGGCGAACACCGUGAGUUCUACGCUCUCGCCCGGGAACAUGCCAGAUCACAGGUUGAUCUCUCGCAGCCGUUGUCACCUACUAAACCCCAGCACCAACACCCCGCCAUCACGCUCAGACCCGCCACGUACGUCCCCACAGGGGUGUCAUCAUCCAACAAUAACAACAACAACAACCACAAAAAGCCCACGACCGGCCAACGUCUCGAAAUCCCCAGCAUGUGCGAGACGGAAUUCGAGGAGGACUCAGAUUGGGUGUCGACAUACAGUGGAGAGGAGGACAAUUGCGCCGAAGCGCACGUCAGUCCGGUGAUGCAGUUUCCGUCUGUGUUCCCGAGCCGUGCGAGUAGUAAGGGGGGCUUUGAGAGGGGCGCGUUGGAGAGCGCUAUUGAGGAUAGUUUGCCGGAUGAGAGUACCGCCACAGCUCUCGAUCGAUGGCUCCAGUCUCAGAAGAGCACCAACUCCCUGAGACCCAAAAACGGACGCUUGAACGUCGUGCAGGAAGAAGUCGACGAAUGA